AUGUCUUCUACCGCCCCCGCUCCAGUCGAUAGCAAGUCUGCGAAGAAACGCAAGGCGAAGGUUGAGAAGCCGACUUCUGAGAGUGACGCACCUGCACCCUCGGUGGACGCAACCACUACCGAGGCGCAGCCUACUACCAACGGUGUCGAUUCUCAUGGUGACAGCAACUUCGUCAAAGAUCUCCAGAGAAACAUCCGCAACAUCCACAAGAAACUCGCCGCUUCGCACAAAGCAGACGCCGUCAUCGCAGAGAAUCCUAAUGUGUCACUCGAUGACCUUGUGGCACAGAAGAAGCUCAACGCAGACCAGAAGGCCCAAAUCCUCAAGAAGCCCGCCCUCCAAGCUCAAGUUGCACAACUCGAAGAACAACUGCAAUCAUUCAGAAGCUUCGCCCAGGACAUUGAGGAGAAGUUUGCGAAGGAGAAGUCUGCACUGAUCGAGUCACACGAGGCCGAGAUUGCUAGCAUCAAGCAGAAGGUCCUUCACGAGGCCGAAGAGGCCAAGUCAAAGGCGAUCGAGGAUGGCCUACGAGUCGUUACACAUUUCCUUCACACUGCUGCCUCCAAGCGUCAGUCUGAAGAUGCCGACUCUGAAGAAGGUCGAGCCUUCGAGGGCGCCUUGUUACUUGUGUAUCAAGGAAACGAGACGUCCCUGAUGACGCUCAAGAACUUGAUCUACGGCACUGAAGACAAGGUUCUGGACGUCCAAGGGGAGGCUCUCGACUUCACAUUUGCACAGGUCAAGCAGUCUGCUCUUCAGGAAGCCCAAGAUUUAGUGCAGCCGACGCCCCAGGAGGUCGAGGCUGUCGAAGCAUCUGCUGAGGAGGUUCAAGUUGACCUGACUGUGGCGAAUGCCAGUCUCACCGAGCUCGGAGACACCGCCGCCGUUCCAGUUGCUGCCAAUGACGCUGCCAAACCUCAAAUUGUGCCAGUGGCCGAGCAAGCUACCACUGGUGACGACGCAGCUAAUGCGGUGGCCGAAUCUUCAUGGGAUCCUCAGGCUUCACAGAUCACCGACACCAGCGCCACGAACGACGAAUGGGUGCAGGUGCCACGUGACCCCGCCGAAACGGAAACCGGUGUAGCUGCGACUCCGGCCGCCGUGCACGGAUCCAAUAGCUGGGCUGAGGAGGUUGGUGCAGCAGCUGCGGUCGAGGAGAAGGCCAGUGCUGACAACGACGGGUUCGAGCAAGUUCGUCGCGAACGAGGUCGUGGUCGAGGUGCGCGAGGAAACCGCGGAGAGUUCAGAGGUCGUGGAAGAGGUGGCAACCGUGGAGAUGGCUAUCGCGGUGGUCGCGGCGGACAGAACAAAGGCCGAGGUGGUCAACGUGGUGGUGGUGGUCAAAGCUAG